GGGGGCGCGCAACACAGCUACGGGGUCGGGGUAGCAGAGGCCGUGGGGAUGGAGAAGGGCAGAACCAAGCCGGCGAAAGAGAAAAGGAAGGAGGUGGAGGAGAGAACUGGAGGGAAAGGCAAGGAGAAAGGGAAAGAAAAAGUGAAAAGUAAGAGCCCAGAAGAGGACAGGGAGGAGGGAAAGAGGAAAGAGCACUUGACGGGGACAGAGACGGAGGCCGAGAAGGAACCAGGCAGAGGGACACUGGAGCGGAAUUAUACCGCCUUGGCGAGGACCCCUUCAGAGCUGCAGGAAAAGAGCAAGCAGAUCCUUGUGCUGGGCCUGGACGGAGCAGGGAAGACCAGCGUCCUCCACUCUCUGGCUUCCAACAGGAUCCAGCACAGCAGGGCGCCCACCGAGGGCUUCCACAAGGUCUGCAUGCGCACUGAAGGCAGCCAGAUGGAGUUCCUGGAGAUUGGCGGUAGUGAACCUUUCCGAUCCAACUGGGAGAUGUACCUGCCCAGGGGGUUGCUGCUGAUCUUCGUGGUGGACUCAGCUGAUCACCAGCGACUACCAGAAGCCAAGAGGUACCUGCACCAGCUCAUUGAAGCCAACCCCAUUCUUCCUCUGGUGGUGUUUGCAAACAAACAGGAUCUGGAGGACGCCUACCACAUCACGGACAUCCACGAUGCCCUGGCACUGUCCGAGGUGGGCAAUGACCGGAAGCUGUUCUUACUUGGAACCCAGGUGACCGAGGACGGCUCUGAGAUCCCCUCCAGCAUGCAGGAUGCCAAGGACCUGAUCGCCCAGCUGGCCGCAGACGCGCAGUGACCACCCUGAGCCCACGGGCUGCUCGCCGCCUUCACCAAUGAUAAUCUGCCUCGCAGCCAGAGGCCUCCACUGUGAAACAAUAAUACUAAAAAAACCAAAAACCAAAACAAAACCCAGUCACUUCCUGUUUGUUCCAUGCACAGCAUACACGCUGAGAGUCAUGUUCAAGUA